AUGAAUAAAGAACAGCGUGAUCUCCGGGAGCUUCUCGCCGUCACUCACGGGCAGGUGCACUCACGUGACGUGGGUGCUGGGAAGGUGAAGCUGUCCGAUGCGGGACAGAAGGCUCCCAAGAGUUACCUCCACUAUCGCGUCCUCAAUGGUCAGGAUGCAGGCGGAAGCUCUGGGCGGGCUGCCAAGCGGAUCACGCAGGGAUGGAGUCGGAGAGCCCGAGAGAGCCCCGGGCAGGCAUCAGAGUCGGACAGGACCCAGCUGAGCCAAGACCCGGGUGGGGGCACCCUGGCCAUUGACACACUGCCAGAUAACGGGACCAGGGUGGUGGAAGACAACCACAGCUACUAUGUGUCCCGUCUGUACGGCCCCAGCGAGCCCCGCAGCCGGGAGCUGUGGGUAGACGUGGCCAAGGCCAACCAGAGCCAAGUGAAGGUCCACAGAAUCCUCUCCAACACUCACCGGCAGGCUUCGAGAGUGGUCUUGUCCUUUGAUUUUCCUUUCUACGGUCAUCCUCUGCGGCAGAUCACCAUAGCAACCGGAGGCUUCAUCUUCAUGGGUGACACGAUCCACCGGAUGCUCACGGCUACUCAGUAUGUGGCGCCUCUGAUGGCCAACUUCAACCCUGGCUACUCUGACAACUCAACAGUCGCUUACUUUGACAAUGGGACGGUCUUUAUUGUUCAGUGGGACCACGUCUACCUCCAAGGCCGGGAAGACAGAGGCAGCUUCACUUUCCAGGCAGCUCUGCACCAAGACGGCCGCAUUGUAUUUGGCUACAAAGAGAUCCCUAUGUCUGUCCUGGAAAUCAGCUCCUCCCAGCACCCCGUCAAAACAGGCCUGUCAGAUGCCUUCAUGAUUCUCAACCCGUCCCCGGAGGUACCAGAAUCUCGGCGGAGGACUAUCUUCGAAUACCACCGUGUGGAGCUGGACCCCAGCAAGGUCACCAGCAUGUCAGCUGUGGAGUUCACCCCACUGCCAACCUGCCUGCAGCAUCGGACCUGUGAUGCCUGCGUGUCCUCGGACCUGACCUUCAACUGCAGCUGGUGCCACGUCCUCCAGAGGUGCUCCAGUGGUUUUGACCGCUACCGCCAGGAGUGGCUGGCCUACGGCUGUGCCCAGGAGGCGGAGGGCAGGACGUGUGAGGACUUCCAGGACGAGGGCCGCUACUCGUCCUCCCCCAACGGCUCCUUCAGCCCCUUGGACGGGGACCUCACCACCACCUCCUCCUCCCUCUUCAUCGACAGCCUCACCACCGAAGACGACACCAAGUUGAAUCCCUAUGCAGGAGGAGAUGGCCUUCAGAACAACCUGUCCCCCAAGACAAAGGGCCCCCCCGUGCACCUGGGCACCAUCGUGGGCAUCGUGCUGGCCGUCCUCCUGGUAGCAGCCAUCAUCCUGGCUGGGAUUUACAUCAACGGCCACCCCACCUCCAACGCUGCGCUUUUCUUCAUCGAGCGGAGACCUCACCACUGGCCAGCUGUGAAAUUCCGCAACCACCCCAACCACGCCACCUACACGGAGGUCGAGCCCUCGGGCCACGAGAAGGAGGGCUUCGUGGAGGCUGAACAGUGCUGA